UGAAAGAGAGUUUCUAUUUUCAAAAUGUUUUAUUGUUAAAUAAUGUAUUUCAUGAUUUGCAAAUUAGUUUUAUUUUAAUACGCUAACCACAACCUAUAGGCUAAACACAGUUUCAAAGCCACACAGUUUACGAUGUUUUAGUGACUUUUUAUUCGGCAAGUUGACAUGGGAGGAUCGCCACCCGAUCUACUGACAGACGUCGCAGCUGAAGCUGACUGAAAUCACUGCCUUCUUCUCAUACAUUGGAUAAAAGUCAGACUUUACAAAAUAGUUGCGUUUGUAUGAGCUCGUUGGACACUGGUGUGCGCCGGGUUUGACACUGCGCUGUAAAAUAGUUAAAUAAACACUGGCGCAAACAAGCGUCUCGUGUGCGUUUCGGGUUAAAUAACGUGUUUCUUAAUGUGACAACUAAAAACCAACAGACUGAUGAAAAUGCGGGACAUUUUCUCAAUAUGCGAUGUGCGGGACAACGCAAAGCGGGACGGGUGGUCACCCUAGUAACAGGAGAUACUGAAAUGAAUGGGCUUCAGUGCAGCGUUACGAACUAUCGGACGCUGCAUGACGCGAGUUACUUCCGCAUUCCAUUCUUACUAUGGAGGUGAGUGUCGCUCAUAUUCAACGGCUCUGUUUUUGACCAUAUUGAUUUUUUGAUAGAUUUUGUGUCAUUCUAGUAGCAUACAUGGCUUUGCGAAAUCACACAAUCCGCAUUACUAUUGGGGCUUGCCGUUGUUUUCUCUAAACGAAGAUUUACGGUAUUUCAAAAGCAGCGAUUGGUCCGUCAGCUUGUGACGUUACUUCUCCAGCCGGAAACUGGCGAUUGUUUCGUGAAACCCGUAUGUAAACACAAUACAUGCCGCACUAUUACUGACAAAACAAACUAAAGCAAGAGUUGUGUCUAAAGAAGACUGCCUCAUACCCACGUGCGACACUCCUCGCGAACAUUAGACUUGAUUUGUGAACAUUAUGUCCGCGUCUGUUGACAUCCACGCGCAGCUGGCGUCGAUCAUCGAGCGCUACUCGAGAUGCGCGCUCGUGGAGAUGAGCCGAGCGGUCGAGCAGGAGAUCUCACGGAGACAGAUGGAGGUCGAGCAGGAGAUCUCACGGAGACAGAUGGAGGUCGAGACGCUGCUGCUCAAACUGCAGUUUGCUGAGGGCGAACUGAGAUCAGCCCGACAGAACCCGACGAACCUGCGAUCCGUGGCGACACAAGCCAGUGACGCUGCACACAGAGAGAUAAACCUCGAUCUUGUGAAGUUGAGUGAAAGUCAUGAUGAAGGACACACAGAUGAUUCUAAUGUGCAGACCUUCACACGGAAUUGUAUGUUGGAUAGUGACUCGAUUGAUUCUCAAACGCAGGCAGAUGGAAUCAAAUCCGUUCAGAUCAAAGAGGAAGAGAUGGAGGAUGGACAGUGGGACAGUGGAGCGAUGUCUCCUACGUUGGCACCAGAGGUGGAAGAUCUGGACACUUUCAGAGAUGGUGGCGAAUUAAUCCUAACAAAUAAAAUGAAGUCCAGUGGUUUGUGGAAUUCACCUGUUUCGGAGGAGUUCCUUUUAAACCCAGAAGCCCACAGUCUGGAUGCAUCUCCUCACGCCACAGCGGAGCGACAAGUCUCGGGUGUUUCUUCAGAUGCAAACUCGCAGCGGCACGUCCAAGACCCGGACAGAACUCCGGAGUUCUCCCCGCGCGCCGUUCAUCACACGCUUCCGCCGGAUCACAGAGGACACGAGAGAAGCUCGCGCUGCCCUCAGUGCGGUAAGACUUUCACCACGCGCUUCUACCUGAAGAUCCACCAACGAAUCCACACGGGAGAGAGGCCGUACACCUGCCCGCAGUGUGGCAAACGCUUCUACUGCAACUCCCAUCUGAUAUCACACCAGCGCUCGCACACCGGCGAGAAACCGUACAGCUGUGAAGAGUGCGGCAAGUCCUACUCGCAUUUAAACUCUCUGAAACUCCACCAGCGCAGUCACACCGAAGAAGAGGUCUAUGCGUACUGGUAGCCUUGAUCUUCAGAAAAGAGUUUGUUCGAUCGUUCGCUGAACACAUUUUUUAUAAAAACUUCCGCGUGGAAGUGUAACAAUGACGAAUACUUUUCUCUUGUUGAUGAUCAAAAUUGACAUUUUUGUCUUAAAGGGACACUUCAUCAAAAGUGAAUAUUGUGUCAUCAUUUACUGACCUUCAGUUGUUCCAAAUCUGUAUAAAUGUCUUUGUUCUGAUGAACACAGAGAAAGAUAUUUGGAAGAAUGCUUGUAACCAAACAGAUAUCGACCCUCAUUGACUCCCAUAGUAGAGUUUUCAUUUUGGGGUGAAGUAUCACUUUAAAGGGAUAGUUCAUCCAAAAAUGAAAAAUCUGUCGUCAUUUACUCACCUUCAGGUUGAAAAAUCACAAAAUAUGGAAAUACAAGGUUUCAGAAGGACAGAGGCGAUAUGAUGUUAUAUUUCAUUGAAACAUUUCAUUUUUAUUUUGUUGCUUGUUGGUUGUUAUCCUCUGAAGUUUGUUUACACUUUAUUUAUUAAUGUCAGGACUGAAGGGUGAUUCAUUUGUUUCCUUUAAUGGUCUCUUUGUUCCAGCUGCUUUUUUGCUUUAUCUGUAAUAAAACCCUAUGACUUA